AUGGCUUCAAGUGUACAUGCCUCAUGUGAGUGUCACGGGCCUCUUGGGAUGCAAAGUGGUGCAAUACGAGACCAUCAGCUUAUUGCAUCCUCGGAAAAAGACAAUUCUUCUAGCGUUCGCUAUGCAAGACUGCACUACGAGAACAAAAAGAAGCCAAAGUCUUGGGUACCUUUACUGGACCAUAGAGAUCAAUGGUUGCAGGUUAAUUUGGGGAACGAGCUGACCUGGGUCACUGGUGUAGCUACCCAAGGAAAACAGGGUAAAAGAGGAGCAUGGGUCAAAAAUUUCCUGCUGAGGUACUGGGGAGCUGGAGUACGAGCGCAGUUAUACAAGGGUCAUGGGGAUAUCCACUCCAAGUUAUUUGUUGCAAAUACAGACAGUAGCAGCGUUUCCCGUCAUGAACUGGAGCCACCAGUCAGAGCGAGUUUCUUUCGCUUCUAUACAAGGCAGUGGCACAAUAACAUAGCAUUGAGGAUAGAGCUCUAUGGAUGUAGAGAUUCGUGUUUGGCACAUCCCUGUCGGAAUGGUGGAACCUGUAACCGUAACUUGAGAACCGGAGGUUACACUUGCAGUUGUCCUUCCACAUACAAUGGUGAUAGAUGUGAGAUUGGUGAUGUAUGCACACUUAGUCGGCCGUGUUUAAAUGGAGGUACCUGUUUAUUCCUUGAUUACUGGCCGUACUUCAGAUGCAGUUGUCCAGCUGGAUACCUGGGCCAUGAUUGCUGGCAUCAAAUUCCUGAUCAGUGUUCCCCUACUCCUUGUUUCAACGGAGGAACUUGUGGAUACAUCAAUGAAUGGCCGUAUUUUGAGUGCGAAUGUCCAUUGUCGUACUUAAGUUAUAAUUGUGGAUCCCAGUCAGGUACUAUGGUCAUUGAUGUUAUUAGAGGGUGGGAUGAUGUAGAAGGAGGUGACCCGUGUUCACCCGAGCCCUGUCUGAAUGGAGGAACUUGUACAGCGGAGAGUAACCCGCUGGGUUUUGAAUGCAGCUGCCCUUCAGGGUAUAUUGGAUUUAACUGCGGCGUCGAGCAAGGUGACCGAUGCUCGGACAACCCCUGCAACAAUGACGGGAUGUGCACAGCGGAGAACAACCUUCUUGGAUACAGUUGCAACUGCUCUUCAGAAUUUGUCGGUUUUGAUUGCUCUCUUCUGAAAGAUGAUCCCUGUCUCCCCAAUCCAUGUAAAAAUGAUGGUAAUUGUACAAGGACAGCUGACCUGAAGGAUUUCACCUGCAAUUGUACCUCAGAAUACACCGGUGAUACAUGUGAGAAUAGGAUAGUUCACGGCAACUGGAGCGACUGGAAUGAAUGGCCCAACUGUAACAAGCCCUGUAAUGGCGGAUCUAAAACAAGAAAACGCAGAUGUGAUAACCCAGCACCAGCUUUUGGAGGGAAAAACUGCGAAGGUUUACCCACAGAAACGGAGAGCUGUAAUUUGGCAAGUUGUCCAGCUGAAAUGAUAAACUACAAACUCAAGUUAAAAAGUAGAGACUGGAACAGCAAUCUAGCUAGUGUGGAAACUGAAGAUUACAUGGACCUUGAAGAUACAAUUAAGAAAGAGGUAAUCAAUUUUUAUAACAAAAGAGAUGAAGAUGUUACAGUGGUGGUUUUAGAGUUCAGACCAGGAAGUGUUAUUUCUAGUUUUAACGUUACCUACCCUGGAAUAGACUCGUUACAGAUCGUUUCUCUUCAAGAAGAAAUAGCGGGAGGUGCAUUGGGCGAAACUUCAGCUGAGUUGCUUAACAUCACAGCCUCGAAUGUACCGGGAGCUCCGCUCAUCACGGAGGCUACUAGUACCACUUCGACGAGCAUUGAGUUGGAAUGGACUGCUGUCUUCCAGCCACCUUCUGCUCCACUGCUUGGCUAUGUUAUAGUGUACAAAGAAAUCAAUCGAAAAUUCCAACCAGAUAUUAUGAAAUCAUUACCUCCCAAUCCCUCAAAAGCAGUGCUUGAGGAUUUAAAAAAGUUUACUAACUACACCAUCCGGGUGUAUGCUUUUACAAGCAGCGGAAAUGGAGUGUCUAGUAAGGCAGUCUCUGUCAGCACUCAGGAGGACGUACCAAGUGAGCCGCCUCCCAAUAGCGUCAUUAAAUCUACAAGCGAGAGUUCAAUCCGUGUUUCCUGGGAACAAAUCAGCCAAGUCUAUGUGCAUGGAAUACUUCUCGGCUACGAGGUGAGAUACGCAAUGGAUGAUGGGUCAUCGCCUUGGGUGAGCAAGACGCUAGGUGUAGACGAAUAUGAAAUAGUUUUAAAAGAUCUGGAAUAUUUCACACGGUACAAAGUUGUGCUUUGCGCCAGAACAUCAAAAGGCUGUGGCAAAGAGCAUUCUGACAUCGCUUAUACGUUUGGUGAUGUGCCCAGCAAGCCUCCUCAAAGCGUGGCUGCUGAAAGACUAAAAGCUGCAGAAUUCAUUAAAGUCACCUGGAGUCCUGUGCCUUUUGGUUAUGUGGGUGGUCUUCUCAUAGGAUAUUCUAUAAAAUAUCGAAGAAUUGUAACGGCUGAAAAGGAAGUUCUUCCAACGGAGGAGGAAACAGCCAUGGCAAAAUCAACGGAUCUCUUCAUAUUUCUGAAAGUUCAAACCUACUCAAUUUACGAAAUUAAAGUGGCGGCGUUCACUCAAAAGGGCAUGGGCCCGUAUAGCGAUUAUGUUUACGGUGAAACAUGUCGCUGUCCGAAAAUCCUUUACACUAACUACUGGUCAGCUUCUCCAUAUCUAAGAGUGAACAAACAGGACAGGAAGUUUGGUGGAAUAUUGAGUAACAUUGUCAUUGACAUGAUUCAAGUGGCUUGCGACACCUGUCCCGAAUACGGUCGUACUAUAGUUAAAACUGAUUCAAACGGAAAAGGAAAAGAUGCCUUCAAGAAAAGUCUCUUAGGAGUUCUAGCUGACAUUGAUAAUAUCCCACAGAUAAGUUUCCCGAUUUAUGGCAACGAAUACAUCACAAGGUUCAUGGGAAGUAAUGUCUACAUAAACCUUGUGGAGUCUCCAGGACUGGCGUUUAUUGCUGUUAAGAGGAUGCCUGGAACAGCGGCCCGGAACAUGAUAAGUGCUGUGUUGGAUUGCGCUCCGUUGGUAGUGCUUUCAGGCUGUAUGGCAUUCAUCGCAGGGUUUAUCAUAUGGGUUCUGGAUAUGAAACAAAACCCGGAUGAAUUUCCAGCCUCUUUUAGCAAAGGCGUCGGUGAAGGAUUCUGGUGGUCAUUUAUCUCCAUGACAACUGUCGGUUAUGGAGAUCGCUCGCCCCGUUCUGUUCCUGCUCGUAUUUUUGGUAUCGCAUGGACCCUUACUGGUCUUGUUAUUAUCUCAGUUCUGAUUGGUGCAAUAUGUUCAGCACUCACGUCUUCUACUAUAUCGUAUCCCGUCACCCUCUAUGGCACAAAGGUUGGAGCCAUUCAAAACUCUACCGAGCAACGCGUCGGCGUUUUGAAAAACGCAAGAGUAAACGAAGAUAAGAAAUAUACCAACUUUGAGGACCUCCGUUCAGCCCUGGAGGAUGGAAAAGUUGAAGGUGCUCUUUUAGACACCUAUGUUGCAGCAGAGCACAAAGACGAGCUCUUCAACGACAAAAUCUUUGUGAAGGAGAUUCUGGACAGACCAUUCGGUUAUGGAGUUGUUUUAUCAGGAGCGGCAGUGAAUGUGGAACAGAGAUGUCGCGAUUACAUCAGCAUGCAAAUAAGCAAAAUAUUCCAUAUCAUCCAGAACACAACUGAGACGCUUGAUCCAGCUCCAUCAGAUGAGGAUGUGGAGCAGAGCACGGGCCUGUUUGAUGGUUCUUCUGAUACGUUCCUUAUCGCGAUGGCUUCUUUGAUUGGAAUGUUAGGAGUUGCUGUCAUCGUUGGACUUAUUUAUCAGUAUAAGAUAUUCGUUCCUCAGGAAAACAAAGUUGCAAGACUCAAGUCUUCCACAUCACAUUUUGCUUCGAAAGAAGCCUUUGUUGAAGAAAUGAGAGAAUUCGUGAACUCGUUUUAUUCUGAGCUGUCCAUCAAGAUAAAUGCGAGCAAAGAGAAGAACAAAGAAGCAAUUGAAAAAAUCAAAGAAAGAGUUGGAAAGAAACUUGGAGGAUCUGCAAAGAGCUCGAAAAUUCCUGGCCUGGUGAUAAAAAAUCCAGCCUAUUCAAGCUCGUCUGCUGAAAACUCCUUCGACUUGAAAAGAAAACUCAUCAGGCCCAGCUCGACAAAAAGCCUUCUCGAUCAGACUCAACAAUGGAAUUCUCCAAAUUCUGCAGCACUGAAUCGUGUUGAAGUAUUGUUGAGGUCAAAAAGCUCAUCCAGUGAUCACCGUAAACGUGGUAUGGGGUGUGAGACAACUUUGCAUAACAGUAAAGCGACGAAAAGUUAUACGAAGCCCCGAAAGCUUAAUGUUGCAAAAUAGCUCAAGUCUUACGUCCUGUCUAUCGGGGAAAGAGAACAUGAACCAAGGAACUUUAGAACUGGAAAUAUUUAUGAUGGUGAUAUUACCCCAAUGCAUUUGCAAAAUCAUCCCAAAAAAAGUGCUUUCGAAUUCCCCAAAAUGUUUUUAUAAAUGCAUUUUCGUGAAAAAACCUUUUCUGAAUUGCUCUCCCUGUAUUUUUCAGCCUAAAUUGCAGAGCUCUCUCUUCUAAGUCACAAUCUGUGUCCAUGACAUUUCCUAUUUGGUAUUUCUUUUUCGAUAAGGAAAUUAUUCAUUCAAAGUGGAACAUUUCGUCUAGAAAUAUUCUUUCCAAUUUUUCCCAUGAGUGGA